AUGCAUAGCCUGGACCGUCGCCCGUCGGGGACAUGUUCGCUCCACAAUAUCGCGUCGCACAUUGGGCGCGUCAAGGCACGAUGGUGGAGGGGGGGGCCUGCACGGACCGGCGUGCUCGCGCCCGGGCCGGUGCCGCAGCGGCGCCGCCGGCUCAUUGGCGCGCACGCCACGCCGAAGCACAAGCUCAGGGACGAGAAGCGGGGAUUCGGCGGGCGGAACCGGAACCGCUCCCUCGUGUCGGGCGGGCGCGGGUCCAAGACGAAGCCAUCGAGACACACCGCCCCGCAACGGCAGACGCUGCAGACCUUCCUGGAGAGCAACGAGGCCAAGGACCUGGACGGGUACAGCGUCGUGACGAAGAUCAAGGACGAGAUGCGCGGGGAGGUCCACGAGGUGGUCGGUGCGGGGGGUCCUGAUGACAGCGCUGACACGGGGGGGGCUGCGAUCCGCUUUCUGCGCGUGCGCGAGCCCGCGAAGGACGCCCUGAAGGCGUUCCUCAAGUCCCUUCCGCGGCGCACGGACCGCGGCGCUGCGCGCGACCGCGACGCCGGCCGCGGGCAGGCCCCAGAGCCCGACUCCGCGGCGACACACCCCCCCCCGCGGAGCCCCGCGCCGUGGGUCGAGUCCCCGCGCGCGCGCGCGCACCUCGCGGAGGAGCGUCGGCGGAACCGCGACGCCGCGCAGGAGCGCGCCUCUCUCCCCUCGCACGGCGCCACCAUCCAAGAGCUGAAAGACCCCCCGGGGACUGAUCACGGCGACGGCGACAGCGAUCAGGAGCUGCCGUUCGGGAGCCUGCGCGAGCAGCUCAUCGCGGCGGGCUUCUCCGACUCGCUGCCCGUCGCCGCCGCGGCCGCCGAUCGCGCGAUGACCGCAUCCUUUGACGAAGACCUGGCCAUUUACGGCGGCAGCAGCGAGGAGUGGUGCGAGCACCUGGUGCCGCUCGUGGGCGCCAUGGUGGCCUCCGUGGAUCCCGCGGCGCGUCUCCUCGAGCUCGACCCCCCGGGGGGUCUUUUGGACCUGGGUCGGCGCGACAGCGUGCUGCCAUGGCUGGACGACGAGCUGCGGCCGUACAUCGCGCUGGGCGGGCCCACCGGCGCGGAGGAGCGCAUGCCCACGCGCGCGGCGCUCGAGGACGCCGGGCGGCGCGACCUUGUCGCGGCGAUCACGCGCCUGGGGGGGUUCCUUGACGUGGCACUAAAACUGUCCAUCCGCGGGCCCAGGCGUCCGAACGGGUACUGGGACCAGGAGGAGGUGCUGCUGGAGGAGAUCGCGAAGUUCGUGGCGAGCUCGUGGAUCCAGUACACGGACGAGGACGGGGGGGAGUAUUGGUUCAACUCGGUGACCCGCCGCGUGCGGUGGGAGCGCCCGCAGCCGCCGAUGCGCGUGCCGCUCGGGGACGCGGACGGGUCGUACGUCUUCGUCGAGGACCUCGAGGACCGCGUCAUGCCCUCGCGCAGCGCGCUGUACGAGGCCGGGCGAUACGACCUGCAUCACGCCAUCGUGCAGCGUGGCGGGUACAAGAGGGUCGCGGAGGACCUCGACCGGCAGCCUGCGUGGCCCCCGAGCCGCCCGUACCAGAGCGACCCUCUCGCGCUCGCGGACGAGCUGCGCGACGCCGCGCUGGAGAUCGGACUGGACCCCGGGGUCGUGCCGGGCCCCAAGUCGCUGUACGAGCACGGGCGCGCGGACCUCGCGGCGGCCGUCGCGGCCCUGGGCGGCGUGCGUGCGGUCGCGGAGCGGCUGGGCAUGCGCAACGUGCGGGCGAGCCGCGGGCAGUGGGACGAGGCGCAGGACGCGGCGCGCGGGCUGCUUGGGUACGUCGUGGAGCGCGAGGACAAGUUCGGGGUCCUGCCGGACGAUUUGAUGGAUGCGUGGGACACGGUGGAGAUGGUGGGGGGGUAUAGCGUGAUGGACCUGGGGGUGUGGGGGGCGUUUGCGGAGCGGGAGCGGUGGGAGGUGCCGACGCAGAGGGAGCUGCGGGAGGCGGGGCGGUGCGACUUGCUGUGGGCGCUGCAGAAGCACGGAGCGGAGACGCUGGCGACGCUGUCGGGGCUGAAAGCGCGGACGCGCGGGCGGCCGCGGUCGCGGCGGCGGGACGGCGGGGGCAACGACGACGAGGACGAGGACUGA